CCGGAGGGCCGAGUGAGCUGUGGGGAUGUUAUGUCCUCUCGCAGGGUAGUCUCACAUUAUAGAGUCCACAGUCUGUCACAGCACGUCUCUCCAUCUUAUCGAAGGACUCAGUGAUGGGGCACUGGAGCUGACUGAAAGAAACCACCAAGAAUGGAAGGUAUCUGAGAGGACACGGAGGUCAGAGGCACCAGGAAGAGACCCAGCCAGCAAGCUAAGCUCCCGGACUGGGAAGUAGCCACCACUUAACCCCCCAGCAUAGAUGGGGGGAUAAUCCCGGGGUCUCAAUGUCAGGAAGUGCGGCCGCUGCUGCCACUGCCCUAACGCAGUUGAUGCCCCAUAGCAUCAACUGAUUCAAGAAGGCCAUGGCAGACAUGGCCACAGUGGGACACUUAGCCCCCUCCUCGUCCUCCAAGUAGACCCUAUGUGGCUCUGUAUAAGAUUGGGGAAGCACUUCAGUCUGGGGCUCCCCAGAUGGAGAGACUGAGGCUGGGGCAGACGCCAGAACAUUUGUGUGUCAGGCUGGUGGCCAUGUUGCUCUUGGUGGUAAUUUUCCUCCCGAGUACCUUCUGUGACACAGGAUCCGUGUAUUACUCUUCCUAUGAAACGGUCAUCCCCAAGAGGUUGCCAGUCCAGGGGACUGAAGACCCCGGAGGAAGGGCGUCCUACCUGCUGCUGAUGCAGGGCCAGCAGCAGCUGCUUCACCUGAAGGUAAAGGGAGACUACUCCGUGAACAACUUCCCAGUCUACAGUUACCACGAUGGCAUCCUGGGGCAAGAGAUGCCGCUCCUCUCACAGGACUGCCACUACGAAGGCUACAUGGAAGGGGUGCCGGGCUCCUUCGUUUCCGUCAACAUCUGUUCAGGCCUCAGGGGCGUCCUGAUGAAGGAGGAAACCUCGUACGGCAUCGAGCCUGUGCUCUCCUCCAAAGGCUUUGAACACAUCCUGUACACCGUGGCACAUCAGCCUCAGGCCUCCUGCAGUGUCACUCCCAAAGACAGCCCCGGGGACAGCAGCCAGCAGCAAGGGAGCAGGAAGCCCGAUGACCUGCAGGAGCUCUCUGACGUGUGGUCACACACCAAGUAUGUGGAGAUGUUUGCUGUGGUCAACCACCAGCGGUUCCAGAUGUGGGGCAGCAACGUCAACCAGACGGUCCGGGCAGUAGUGGACAUCAUUGCUCUGGCCAACAGCUUCACCAGGGCACUAAACACAGAGGUGGUGCUGGUGGGCAUGGAAAUCUGGACAGAGGGGGACCCGAUAGAGGUCCCCGUGGACCUGCAGGCUACACUGAGGAAUUUCAACCGCUGGAGACAGGAGAAGCUCGUGGACCGGGCCAGGCACGAUGUCGCACACUUGAUCGUGGGGCAUGACCCAGGACAGAAUGAGGGCCAGGCGUUUCUGGACGGUGCCUGUUCAGACAUGUUUGCAGCAGCUGUGGAGGCCUUCCAUCACGAAGAUGUCCUGCUGUUUGCAGCGCUCAUGGCCCAUGAGCUGGGACACAACCUGGGUAUCCAGCACGACCACCCGGCCUGCGGCUGUGACCCUAAGCGCUUCUGUCUCAUGCAGGAGAAUAUCACCAAGGACAGUGGCUUCAGCAACUGCAGCUCUGACGACUUCUACCGCUUCCUCCAUGACCACAGAGGGGCCUGCCUGCUUGACCAUCCUUGGCGCCAAAGCCGCAAGCGCAGAGCUGCCCGCUGUGGAAACGGUGUGGUGGAGGAGCCGGAGGAGUGUGACUGUGGCAAGGUCUGUGACAGUAACCGGUGUUGUGAUGAAAACUGUAAAUUUAAGGAGGGCGCACAGUGUAAUAAUGAGCCUUGCUGUUCCCGAUGUAAAUUUAAAAAGAUGGGACAGGUUUGUCGUCCUGCUGAUGGAGCAUGUGACCUGGACGAGUUCUGUAAUGGGACCUCUGCAGUAUGUCCUGAGGACAGGAAAGUACAAGAUGGCUCUGUCUGCCACGAAUUACACUUUUGUUUUAAGGGUCGCUGCCUGGACCCUAGCUCUCAAUGCUCACGUAUUUUUGGGUAUGGGGCACAGUCUGCCUCAGAUGCAUGCUACAGCUCUCUGAACAGCAAAGGGGACCGGUUUGGAAACUGUGGCCUUUCUUCUGAGUCUCCAAGAACGUAUGUCAAAUGUUCAGAUCAAAAUGCAAUGUGUGGGAAACUUAUAUGUACAGAAUUGGGCUUCUUACCACCCAUCAAAGACAAACACGCACUGAUCCAGGUCCCUCAUACCGUGGACUGGUGCUGGAGCAUGGAUGCUUCGGACGAUGAAACGGAAGGCGCUGACGAAGGAUAUGUGAAGGACGCAACUAACUGUGGCACGCACAGAGUUUGUAACAAUUUCCUUUGUGAAGACCACUCGCGCACCAUGUUCCCCUCCCCCACCUCCUGCAGUGCGGAUCUAUCUUGUAAUGGACAUGGAGUUUGCAACGAUUUAGGGAACUGCCAUUGUUCAUUUGGAUUUGCACCCCCUGACUGCAAAAAUGAAGGAACCGGAGGCAGUGUGGACAGUGGUCCCAUCACUCAACCAUCGAAUGAAAAUCCUACAGGAGAUGUGGGUCUAAAUCCUAAUGAGCUAGGUGAAAAGGAUUUGGAACUUAACUUAAAGCUGAUAGUUCUGGCUGCCAUUUUGAUACUCAUAAUCCUCUUUAUAACCAUAUGCAUCAUGCUUGCCUACAAUAAGUCAGAGCUGCCUUCUGAAGCAGAGCCUUCCGAGUCAGAGAAGGUUCCAGAAGGGACUGAAGAGGAAGAGGAAGAGGAGGAAGAGGAGGAGGGAUCAAAAGAGGGAGAAGAGGAGGAGGAAUAAGUAGGGAGGAACAUAAAGCCAAUAGCUGAGCCUUCUGCAGCCCUAAGAAUGAGAGGCUCAGUAAAGCAAAGGCUGUGCGAACUGAGAGCUGGGAGGCUCUCACUAGGACUCCAGGGCCUAAAGAUACACUGGAGGGAAGUAGGGGCCUCUGUCCUUACAGUCAGCUGAUGAGUGUUUACACAGUCAGUAUUUCAGUACUUUAGUUUUCAAUUUCAUUUGAACUUGUCACAUCUAUCUUUGGACAUUCAUGUUCUUUUAUCUUUGGGCUAAUUCUUUUGGUCACCAGAAACUGUAUUUUAGGACAUGCUUCCUUCCACACAGAUUGUCUGGUGAUCCUGAAUUUAUCACUAUGCCCAGGAUUUUUAUUCCAAGUAACAACUAUCUAUUAUGUAAGGGCAAUUUCCAUGACUUCCAUUGUUCUAACUUGACCAAAAGUAUAUAUGGGAGGGGUGAGUCUUUAAGUAAAACUGCUAACAUUAGACACGUCUUUAGGUCCCAUGUAAUGUAUUUGUUGAGUCCGUUCUGUUCUGAAGCUGUGUGGGAAACGUUGUACCUCAUAAGGAAGAGGGCCUAACUUUGGAUCUUGAGUUAACAAGCCGGCUCUACAGACCUCAGCCUCAGCUCCGGGCGAAGCACGCUUGCUGAACAGUCCUAAGGCUGGAGUUCAGAGCCUCCCACUCACCAGACAGUAGACAAGACAGGUAGCUUGUCUUGCCCAUAGCCCGAAGGGGCAAGAACCAGGAGGCUCACCGGAGCUUGAUGGCUUCUAGCCCAGGGAACGCAAGCCCUGGAUGCAGGGGAAGACCCUGCUUCAAAGGAACAGGCUGAGAGUGAUAGAGGAGGCUGUGACCCCCUCGUCUACCCUGUACACACAUGCACAGGCACCCCCGUCUGUACAUAUAUGAGCACCACAUAACACACACAUAUUAAAGAGGAAGAGGAAGCAGCAGCUAGCCUUAAGCCGGUCCCGAUGGGAGUGCUUGCCGUAUCGUCAGCUUUCAGGAGGCCGCAGCAAAGAGACCGCAAGUUUAAGGCCAGCCUGGGUUACCUAGGGAGGCUUAGUCUAAAAACAAAGCGAAGCUAAACAGUUAUUUUGUGCUCUGUUUCUAGAAAGUACGACCUUUCUCAUUCGUCAUCUUGACCUCGGGCUUGUGGCAUUACAGGGAAGAUGUCCAGUAAUCCACAUGUUGGUACCCCCCCAUAGGACCACAUUUUCCAGCAGUCUGGUGAUGUCUUGCUGCCCUCGCCCGGCCUUUUCGGGGCUGCCUCAGGCCAGCCAAACUCCAGCACAUUCCUCAGUUUCCUAAGCCAAUUCCAGACUCUAGAUUUGUCUUCAGACUUGGAGGGAACAAGGGGAAGUUGCAGUGUGAAAUAGAUGCGCAGAUACUGAUGCCCUGGAGUCCAUGGUCAUGCUUCUCCUUGGGGGACCAGGAGCAGAUGUGUCUCUCUCCUUGGGCCUGACCUCACAUCUGUUCUCAUCCUACUGAGUCAAACUGACUCCCUUGUCUGGAGCUCAAUUGAAGAAAAAUAAAACAAGAUAACCCCAAAUUGAUACAAUUCUAUACUCAAGAAA